AUAAAGGGGAGCUGCGCUGAUGUGGCCGAUUUGCCUGCCCAGCCCGGUGUGAAAGCGGAGUUUCACACACAGCUCCGGCCGUGCUCGGAGUCCCUGCGGGCCCGGCUGUGCCACUGCCGGGCCGGGGUCCCCCGAGCCCAGUCCGCCACAGCACCCUCCCCUCGUCCCCACGGAGCAGCCUGGCUGUCCCUUCGGCCUCCUGCCGAGCCUGGGGCUGAUGUCCGAGCGGGACAAUGUGCUGCCGGUGCGGGCUGGGCUCUCCAAGGCUCGCCCGGGGCGGGGGAUGCGGGCACCGGGGAGCGGAGAGCGGGGCACAGCCUGCCGUCUCCUGCAGGGGCUCCGAGGGGCCAGGCUCAGCCCACAGCGGGGCAGCUUUGCACUCUCUGGGCACUGGUAGCAUCCUCUGUCCCCGAAGGGACCUGGAGUGACCCUCCCGAGCCUUUCCAGGGAGCAAGGAGGAUGGCGGCUGCGGCCAGACUCGCCCUGCUGCUGCUGGGCUGCGCGGGGCUCCUGCGGCCGCUCGACGGCAGGUACAUAAGCUACUGCCCCGAAGGCUGGUCCUACUACAAACUCAGCUGCUUCAAGUACUUCCCCGAGCCCCGGACCUGGGACGAGGCUGAGAGCCGGUGCCAGGACGUGAAGGGAGGCGCUCACCUGGCCUGGGUGGAGGAUUCCCACGAGGCAGCCACCCUGCAGAGAGCCAUCUCCUACUACCAGCGAGUGCAGCCCGUCUGGAUCGGACUGCAGAAGAGUGAAAAGAGCCAGGGGUGGCAGUGGGCGAGUGGCAAGGAGUACAGUGCCGCCAGCCAGGUGCCCGGGAACGGUGCCCAAGGGGGGAGCUGCGCCGUGCUGACCCAUCACAGCGGUUUCUCGGUGUGGGCCAGUUCCGAGUGCUCCCGAAAGCAUCACUACAUCUGCAAGUUCUACCCCUUGCACUGAGCGCAGCCCUGGCCCCCGCGGGACCCGGCGCCUCCGAGCCCC